AUGGACGACAGGAACCUGGUGUUCAACCUGAUGCCAAAGGCUGAUUUUGGUUACAAGGUCCAUGGCGAUCCUUUCUCCACCAACACAAGGCGUGUUCUAGCUGUUCUCAUCGAGAAAGGGCUCUCUUACGAGCCCAUUACCGUUGAUUUGAAAACCGGUGAACACAAAAGGGAAUCUUUUCUCUCUCACAACCCAUUUGGUCAAGUCCCAGUUUUUGAAGAUGGAAACAUUAAGCUAUGUGAGUCUCGAGCCAUCACACAAUACAUUGCAUAUGUGCACAGCUCAAGAGGCACGCAGCUUCUGAAUUUAAGAAGCCACAAGACAAUGGCAAAACUAACAAUGUGGAUGGAAAUCGAAGCUCACCAGUUCGAUCCAUUCGCAUCUGUACUCACUUGGGAGCAAGUCAUUAAACCUAUCUACGGUCUAGAGACUGACCUGGCGGUCGUCCAAGAAAACGAAGCUGGUCUAGAGAAUGUUCUAAAUGUCUAUGAAAAACGACUCGGAGAAUCUAAAUUCUUGGCUUGUGACACCUUUACUUUGGUUGAUCUUCACCACUUACCCAAUAUACAAUACCUUUUGGGGACUCCAACGAAAAGAUUGUUUGAAAAUCGACCUAAAGUACGUACGUGGGUGGGUGACAUUACUGGCAGAGAGGCUUGGAAGAUGGCUUGUGAUCAUGACAAGUCGUGGUUUGGUAAGUAAACGGACUGAAAGCAAAAGAAAACUGUGAGGAGAGUGUGUUUGUGUGUUAUGUUGGUGUCUUUGUUUGUAAGCGUGUGCUGUUGUUAAAGUAAACUUACGUUGUUUGUUGAUUGUUGUGUGGUGCAUCCUAUACGAGUCGUUGUGAGUUGGUUUAUGUAUGUCCGAUGUAUAUGAAUAAAGGGAAAUACAAAUAAUAAUAACUAGGUAGUAAUCCAGAGAUUGCG